UGUGACGUGUGUGGAGCACACGCACACACUACACUACAGUAGAGCGCCAACGUGAGCGUAGUGUUUAUUGUGUGAGUGUGUGACAGACUUCCACAGCGGAAAAGUGCCUUCGGCGAAGCGCCCCCCCGCUCCCCGGCCGGCUGUGGCUCCCGGCUGACCCGAGGACUUCACACCGUCAGGUUCGGACUCCUGGAACUUUCAAAGAAAAAAAAAACAAAAGUCGUGUCAUUUUUGGAUCGUGAGCGAUGCUCUGGCAGCAUGGCCAAGUGGUUCAAGGAGCACCUCGGUUUCAAAACUACCAAAGCACCCCCGCCGGCUCCCCCGAAGCCGGACUACCGACACUGCCUCACCGGUGUGCCCGGCGCGCCUGGCUUCCAACCGGGAACCACUUUCACGCUGAGCCCCGCUCAACCGGACAUUCUCGCCGCGUACAAACUCCAGAAGGAGCUGGACUUCGAGGAUCCGUACACUCCCGGUGGGAAUAUCGCCUUCACCGCGAGCUCGCCGGACAUCAAGUACGUCUCGCCGAAGCACCGACUCAUCAAGGUAGAGACUGUGGACAAGAGCAACCCGGCGCCGGGUGCUGGCGGUGGAAGCGGCGGGGUUGUGGCGGUCGUUCAAACCGUCGCCGUAGGCAGCGUGAAAUCUCCCACGUCGCCCCCCACGGAGCAGGACAGCAAGGAGAAGCUCAUUAUCCUGGAGGACUACGCUGACCCUUUUGAUGCAGAGCAGGCCGGCGGCACGCAGGUCAGCACGGAGAAGGUAACCACUGAGAACGAUGGUUACAUGGAGCCGUACGAGGCCCAGAAGAUGAUGGCAGAAAUUCGAUCCAGCAGUCGCGGGCCAAAGGACGGUGUCACCAAGCAGCUUCCUCUGUACGACACCCCAUACGAGCCCACCGAGAACGGCGGAGACUCUGACCCCGAACGUUCGCGCUGCCCCCGAGAAAGUCGACUGCCUCAGGACGACGAGCGGCCGGCCGAAGAGUACGAUCAGCCCUGGGAGUGGAAAAAGGAGAGGAUUUCCAAAGCCUUUGCAGUAGAGAUUAAAGUGAUCAAGGACCUUCCGUGGCCCCCUCCGGUGGGGCAGCUGAACAGCAGCUCUCCCCUGGUGGAGGAGCUGGAAUCACCCUCGCAGACGGCGCAACCCUCGCCCGGACAAGCCGCCAGUGAGCAGCACCACCAGGUCCAGUUUGACGGUGUGGAGAAGUCUCGAAUGUCGCCCACCAAGGAUGGUAAAACCCGUCCGUUGCAGCGACAUUCCAGCGGCUGCUUGGUGAACACCAAAAUGACGUCAGCCGAGCAACCCGCCUCAUCGGUAGGGGAACGUGUCGAUCCCAGCAUGGCCUUGGAAAGCCAAUUCUGGUACCACGGCGCCAUAAGUCGGACGGAUGCAGAAUGUCUCCUCCGGCUGUGCAAGGAAGCGAGCUACCUGGUGCGGAACAGCGAAACCAGCAAGAAUGACUACUCUCUCUCGCUUAAGAGCAGCCAGGGCUUCAUGCACAUGAAGCUGUCCAGGACAAAGGAGAACAAGUAUGUCCUCGGCCAAAACAGCUGCCCUUUCGACAGCGUGCCCGACAUCAUCCACUUCUACUCAAGCCGCAAGCUGCCCAUCAAGGGUGCUGAGCACAUGUCCCUGCUGUACCCCGUUGCCAUCAGGACACUAUAGUGUGCCACACAGACCAACACCCUUAUUAUGGAAAGGGACAUAUCAAAACUGCUGAUUCUGACUCAUCUCACUGUUUGACAGAUUCCCACGGAUAAGUCUUCAAUGCAGGAGCUAUUUUAGUUUAUUUAUGACCGAAACGUGCUUACUUCCCUCUUUUUUAUUUUGGGCAUUCCCACAUACAAGCUACAACGACAUUACUCAUGGCUCUUCAUCUAAAAAAUGUGGCUUUUCUGUAAGGUCACUACUAAGGAUGGGCAUUUUUACUCAAUUGUAUUUCAAAAUCAAUUUUACCACAAUAAGAAUAUCUCUAAAUGGUCUUAAUUUUAUUUUCAAUGCCAGUGUCAUACUGAGCAGAAUAACAAUACCCAAGAGAUACCAUACUUGAGGUUUGUGUGGAUGAGUAAAGAAACUAGUUUGUGGCUUUCAGGCUUUUGCGUAAGGCUUUGAUUUCACGUAAUACACACUAGGAAGACAAACCAGAAACAUUUUCAUGAUGGGUGACAACAGAGAAACAAGUUUGUGGUCCUACUGACUUAGGACAUUUGUGUCCUGAGUUGUUUUUUUGAUACUGGUUUCUAGUGUUGGGCAUCGAGCAUUGAUGGGAUCCGGUAACUAACAUUCCAGUUCUCCUGGAACCGUUCAAAUUUUUUUAUUUCGAUUCCAAGUUUCUAUGCCCUGACCGCCAAACGUAAAAAGUAGCUGCCGAAUACCACGAAAAAGUCACAUGAAAACUAGGUCUGUCAUGAAGAAAAUCAUAUGAAGUGGCUAAUUUAGCUCAGCACAAAAACGUGUUGCUUCCCUUCACAUAAAUGACAGAAAAGUAACAGAAUAAACACACCGAAAUGAUAUCAGACCUUCUGUUAAAACGUGCAAACUUACAGAUUUUGUUUUAUCAAGGGUAGGGUUGGGCUUCGAGCAUCGAUAGGAACCGGUUGUAACACUCCGAUGCUCCCGGAAUCGUUCAAAUUUUUUAAUUUCGAUUCCUUGUUUCGAUGACCUGACCGGCGAGUGGAAAAAAAUUGCUCGAGUUUAAAGACUGAUGUUUAUAUACAAGUUAUGAGGGGUAUUCAAAAAGUAAUGCACCCAACUUUAUUAUGUACAAACAAAUUAUAAUAGCAACAUGUAUUAUAAAUCAAAAUAAAGGUACAAGUGUGAGGAUUACAUUUUUACCUCUCCACAUAGUCUCCACCUCUCUCAAGAGCUACAGUCCACCUUUGAACGAGGGCAUGUAUACCAUUGUUGUAGAACUCAGCCGGUUGAUCUCUAAGCCAAUUCUUGACAGCAGUUUUCACUUCAUCGUCAUUGCCAUAUCGGUUGCCCUGGAGUCCUUCUGUCAUUGGACCAAAGAGGUGGUAGUCUGACGGUGUCAAAUCAGGAGAAUAUGGCGGAUGUGGUGGUAUCCCAUUCCAUCCAAAUGAAGUGAUGACCUCCAUGGUCCUGAUGCUUGUGUGAGGACGUGCAUUGUCAUGCUGGAGGAGCACGUUUGCCAUGUCCAAGUUGGGCUGAACACGUCAAAUUCUUGCUUUGAGCUUCCUAAGAGUCUGAAUGUAUACCUCCACAAACCCUAACCCUCAGAGUGGUUUCUCCCUCUGCAACAAGGAAUUUGAUUACAGCUCUUUGUUUCUGACGAGCUUCAAGAGGGGCAGCCAGUUUGAAAGCUAGUUUAAACUUUAAAAGUCUGAAAAUAAGAAAAACACAUAUAACAAUCGCAAAAAGGUGUCUCCUAUCAUGUUUGUGCCAAAUAUGAACAAGAUUGGUAAAAUCCUGUACGAGCAAUGCACUUGAGUGCAUUACUUUUUGAAUGCCCCUCGUAUAAUUAGCCCUGUGAGAAGUUCAUUUAAUUUCAAAAAACGGGGAGAAGUUAAGACUUUAAUAUAAACUAUGCAAUUUUUUGGAUCCUGCAUUUUUUUUUACCUUGCCUCUUAAAAGAAUCGGGAAUCGUCCGGAACCGGAAUCGAAACGUGGAAUCGGAACCGGAAUCGUUCAAUUUCAAAUGAUGCCCAACCCUAAUCAAGGGUUCCCAACGAUGUGUAGUGCAGUGGAGGUGUGUAGCAUCUGUACACCUCAAUGAUUCUUUUCAAAGUCCUUAUAGGUCACCACUAGGGGAAGCCAAGUGCACAUAGCAAAAGCAAAGAAAAACUGUAGAUUCGUUGGUUACGAUAGUUACGUUAGUGACAUCCUAUGGACAGAUGAACAAUAUAUCAGUUUGGGAAGAAACUUAAAAAGUAGUCAACUUAAGAUCAGGGACAGAACACUCUCCGCCUGGAAAGAUGUCAGUCUUUAAUUAACUUGUAGAAAUACAGUGGUACCUCGACAUACGAUCGCUUCGACACAUGAUCUUUCGAGAUCCGACGUAAAAUUUGACUUGACAUUUGUUUCUACAUCCGACGACAUGCUCUAAAUACGACAAUCUAUGACAGCACCACAGUUUGUUUUUCCGCAAGACGGACGCAUGGCAGAUUUUCUUGUGAGAGAAAUCAAUAUUGGUUCCUACAAUGUGAGUGCAGGUGGUGAAAAAAAGGAAAAAAGGUGAUGCUGACCGUUACCAUUGACAUGAAAAUAGAUAUGAUAGAAAAAUAUGAGCAUGGGGAGCGCAUCCAUGAUAUGGCUCGCUCAACAAUACAGCCGUUUGAUGGUCUAUGACGGUCCUCCUCCGUUCGCCAGUCUUUAUAAGUUAAGGUGGCAAUCAGUAUUGUGGUAACAUCGCCAAAGAAAUCGUCAGCUUCGUCAGGUUUCUAAUAAUUUAUUCCAUCAACUUGUGCCGAGUGUCCCCCGCAGCAAGUAAACAAGAUGAAAGUGAAACGAGCUCAGCCUUAAAAAGGCUCACUAUCAAAUCAGCCACGCGAUGCAUUCAGGUACACAACGCAAACACAUUCGCCACAAUAGAACCCGGUUUGUUACAUUAUUACAGGUAUUAUUAUUAUUCUGGCAAUUAUUAUUCCAAUUUUUAUUCACAAUGUAUUUGUUUUGCUCUUUGUAAUUGAUAUUUGCAAUAGUAGCAUCAGUAUUAAUUGAGAAUUUAGUGUAGGUUUUCAGGCUGUGGAACGAAUUAAUGGAAUUAUAAUGUAUUCUUAUGGAAAAACCCUGCUCGACAUACGACCAUUUCGACUUACAAACAAGGUCCUGGAACGAAUUAACUUCGUAUGUAGAGGUACCACUGUACCACCUAAAAUAAAUGACGCAAUACAAUAAAUGCCUGCAGCAUAAGACACUCUAAAACAUAGGCAAAAGAAUAUGUGUAAAUGUUUUCUCCGUGAGCUUUUGAAAAAUAAAGGAAAGAAACUUCAUCAUGUUCAAGUUCAAAGACUGAUAUUUAUAUACAAGUUAAAAAUAGCCCUGUGAGAAAUUCAUAGCAAAGUUAAUUGAAAGUUCAUAUAAUUUAAAAAAAUAAUCAAGAAGUUAAGAAAUGAAUAUAAACUACCGUAAUUUCCCGUAUAUAAGGCGCACCCGUGUAUAACGCGCACCCCACAUUUUCUUGUAAAAUCUAGGGAAAAUUAUUGUACCCGUGUAUAAUGCGCAGCUUAAUUUUAGCACCAAUAAAUAGGAGAAUACAAGAAAACAGAGCUCGUGUACAGAUACAGAAAUGUCAUUUUACUGACUGGUGAAACACAGCGCCAGCAUAGCACGUUGGUAGUUCAAAACAUUACCGUAAACUGACAAUAUGUACGGUAAUGAUAUGAUUUGACAACUUCUUCAACUUACCAGAAUCCAGGAGAAAACAAAACAGAUGUGACUUUUCUUUUAAAAGCUGCUGUAUAACUUGCUUGUUUCAUCAUGAUGAAUAAAUGUUUCUUCCAUGGUUUUAUACGGUAAAAUAAAAGUGAGGAUUUACGUCGGAAAUCGGAAAGAGUGCAUCACUGUACACUAGACUGUAACAAUAGGAACUAUUGCUAAUUGGGUUUGUUUCCCGAGGGACAGAUAUAGUUGACGGACACAGGAAGUCUGUGUUGUGUUACGUUUGUUAUGGUCCGAGUUGCGGAGCUGCAAUAAACAUUGAAUUAAAUGAGUUCAAGAAACUAUAUUCUGUGCUUUAUGAAGAGUGAAAAAAGCAGAAUUUAACACAGACGAAAUCAUUCGACCAAUCAGAGUGAAGUAUUACCGAAACAAAAUGGUGACGUCACGUACCGUAAUGGUCGGCAACAGAUCGCCGCAUACGUUUCUUCAACACAACAUGGUCAUGUCAAUAAAAAAAAAAAAAUCGGUCUUUACAUAUAUACAUAUAUAUAUAUAUAUAUAUAUAUAUAUAUAUAUAUAUAUAUAUAUAUGUCUCCACCCCUGUACCCGUGUAUAAUGCGCACCAUGAUUUUACAAGUUGAUUUUGGGGGGAAAAAGGUGCGCGUUAUAUUCGGGAAAUUACGGUAUGAAAUUUUUUUUACCCUGCCUAUCAAAAGAAUCAGAAGCGAGAAUCGUUUGGACCCGGAAUUGAAACGUGGAAUCAGAACCGUUCAAAUUCAAACGAUGCCCAACCCUAUUGAUUUCCAGUCAAGGAUCGCACUCAUUUUCUCUCUAUUACAUCAGAAUACCUAAUGGUUCACUAAUUCCUACUACGCCCAUCCUUGGUUUACACUAUGCACAUAGAUUCAUAUAAAAAAUGGGGGUGUGACGAUUGUCCGUGUCAGAGGGAGUCCGGUUUCUACGUUGAUGUCUCUUUCAUGUCACCAUCCAUACUCUCCACCAUCCGUCAGCGAGGGGGAGGCGUGUUACUCCAAUGACAGCGUAAGUGGCAAGGCAGGCUACAGAGAGAGCGUGAUAGAUGGAUCAACCUGUCCGAAAAGCACCAAUGAAAGAACUAAACCCCCCUUUUAACCCUGGAGCCAUCCUCUCUCCCCCCUGCAACUACGCCUGCAUUGUCUACCUCAGAAAAUCAAUACCAUUCAGCCAUCUGUCUGCGGAUCAAUAGGUACAGUGGGAUGGCCCGCAUCGAUCUGCUCUCUGCUCCCCAAUUUCUUUAAAAUCACAUCAUUUAGAAUUUUUUUAAUGGAAAAAAAGGACAAUUCCAGCCCAGCUUUGGUGUGUUUUAGUCACUACUUCGAUGCUGUGUGAUGUCAAAUGUUGGUUUGAAGCCUUAUAAUGCAUGGAGAUCAGCUGACUACAAUCCUGCUUUGAAAUGAUUGUUCCCUGACUGUAAUUUAUUGGUGGGCUGAUUACGCCCCUUUUUGUCGUGAUCGUGUUCUCCGGAAAGACUUCUGUGGUGCUCUAUGUUUUGCUCUUUACUGCUCGUUACGCCUCAGCCCAAUUCUUCCUUACCAACACAGCGCAGUUUGUUGGAAGCCCGAUGAACAUUUAAACUGGAACUUGAUGCAUUCACGCCUCCAUUUCAAAGACUCAACGCUUAGUCGUGCUUUGAACCACUCUAAGAAAAACUAACUUCCUGGAUUUUGCUCACCAAGCACAUUUGGAUUUUUGUGAUUUUUUUCCGUAAUUAAGGAAGGGAAUCGGAUUGUGAUGUCUCGUUGAAUGCUUAGCAAGGUGAUAGAAUCAAUUUUUUUUUGACAGUGGAUGUUUAAUUUGUUCGGAAUGGCAACAGAAGUUAAAGUGCCUGUGACACCAUAAAAAACUUAAAUGGCAUUAUUAUCCAAAUUAAAAUCAUAUUUCUAGACAAUUCGACUACAUACGACAAAAAACGCAGAUGACGAGAAAUGAGUACCGUAUUUUUCGGACUACAAGUCGCACCUGAGUAUAAGUCGCACCAGCCAUAAAAUGUCCAACGAAGAGAAAAAAAACAUAUAAGGCAUUGUAAGGUAUUGUAAGUCGCAUUUUUGGGGGGAAAUUUACUUGAUAAAAUCCAACACAUACAGUGUCUUGCAAAAGUAUUCGGCCCCCUUGAAUCUUGCAACCUUUCGCCACA